CCUUCUUUUCCUUCUUAUUUUUCUUGAAAAUUUAUAAUGAAUUGGCAAGAGUGAUGGAGCACACCAUUAAUCCCAGCACUCAGGAGACAGUGGCAGGAGGAUCUCUAUGAGAUAUAGGCCAGCCUGGUCUACACAGCAAGUUCCAGACCAGCCAGGGCUGCAUAGUGAGAUCCUGUCACAAAGCAGGAGAACAGGGUAAUUAUAAUUAGCCUGUUGAUUUUUCAGUGUACUUUUAACUGUCCUUCAAAUACAAGAACAUCAAAGAGGAAUUAUUCUAGUUUGAAGGAAGCUGAGACAGAAUCAAAAGCAACCGUUCAUAUCUUGAGGGAAUGUGUGCCGUUUAUAGGGGAUAGAUCUUGGGGAUAGAAACUGAUGCCUUUAUAAUUUUUUUUUCAUGUAUUUGUGGGGUAGGAUGCAGGUACCCUUGGAGGCCAGAAGAGGGCACUGGAUCCCCUGGGGGCUGUAGGUAACAGGUGAGCUGCCUGGCGUGGGUGCUGGGAACUGAACUCGGGUUCUCUGAAAAAGAAGCAUGUGCUUUUAACCUUGCUUAUCAUUACUCUAGCCUCUGUUGUUUCACUGUUACUCCCCGAGUCCAUAUGAUUGUCUAUAUCAAAUGUUAUAAUAAAGGAGCUAUUUUUCUUAGCAACAAACUGUGUUCAUAACACAUAAUCUUUUAAAUAUCUUUUGCAGUUUUAUUUAUUUUUUCUUUUCUGUAUAUGAGUGUGUGGGCUGCAUGGAUGUCUGUGCACCACAUGUUACAGUACCCACAAAGACCAGAAGUCAUUCUAUCCUCUGGAACUGUUGUGCCAUAUGGUUGUGAGCUGCUUUGUGGGUGCAGGUCCUCUGGAAAAGCAGCUGCCAGUGCUUUUAACCGCUGAGCCUCUCUCCAGCCCCUCACCAGUCAUGUCAGUUACUAUCUUAUUAUUAAUGUUACCUCAGUCUAAAAGAGUAUACAUUGUAUGUGUGUACCUAUUUGUACAUUUGACAAAACAAUUUAUAAUACUUCACAGUGAAUCCUUUAACAUAUAGCAGUAUUGCCAGACAUGGUGGCACCUGUCUUUAAUUUCAGCACUCAGAAGGAAGAGGCAGAAAUUCAAGGCCAUCCUGGUCUACAGAGUUCCAGGACAGCUGGGGCUAUAGAGAGGGGCCCUGUCUCAACCACCCCCAGCAUUCCCCCAAAAAAGCAGAAUCCAUUUCAGAUCUUUAAGUAUUUGCUUUCAUUUUUUAAUUGCUUCAUUAUGCUUUUGUCACUUUCAAAUGUUUCAGCCAGUUCAUCAUUGGAUGGUUAUCCUAUGCUUUUCUUAAGGAAUUGCUUGUAGGAAUGUCAUAACAUUAGGCCACUUCAUAUUUGAAUAUUGGGUUUCUGGGCCAAGAUGAAAGCAUUAUUUGUUGCUCCAUGUUGAAGUCAUUCCUAAUAAAUCUGUUUUCUGCCUACUAGUAGGAUUUGUACAAAUGAGCAUUUGCCUUCUGAAAUGUAUUUAAAAGGGGCUGGCCCACAAUGUAUUAAAUGAGUUGGCCAAGUAGCCUACCCAGCUUGGAAUCCAGAGGAAACAUACGUAGGACUGGGAUGUGACUCAGCUGCAGGACUCUUGUCUAGCAUACUUGAGGCCCUGGGUUCAGUCUCCCCCACUGCCAGACUAAGACAGAAAGCUUUGCAGUCGCUGCCUGAUGUGUUUACAGAACAUCUUAUUCAGAGAUAGAGGGAACCUUGCUGGCAGAGUAAGAGCUCUGUAAGUUUCACUUGAGGGCCCUGAAGAAGAAAGGAAAGCAGAGGCUCGGCAAAUAGUAGGUGAGGAGAGCAAACAGCUCCAGUGCAGUGCAGCCUUAGCAUUCUUGCCUAGCAGGGUGGUUGAAACUGCGUCCAUGGCUCUGUGGACUAACACAGGAGCACCCUCUUCUUUUGGUGUUUGGAGUUGAAAGUGUGCUGAAGUGAGCUCACCUAUGUGAGUCAUAGCCGGACCAGUGCUGUCGCUGUGAGGGCCUGAGGCAAGGGGUUUGUCAUGAGCAGGACAUCAGGAGUCGUUUCAGGUUUGUUUGUGUUAUGAGCAUUUCCCAGUGAAGAGGCUGUAGAAAUUAAAAGGCUGUUUAUUACUGGCUCAGGACUGUCCCGAGCACCAUGCCAGGUUCUUCUAGCAUCGCCACCAUGAAGAAGGUAGUUCAGCAACUGGGGCUCAACCUUGUGAAGGUUUCCCAGGCAGCUGCAGACUUGAAACAGUCCAAGUUUCAGAGUGAUCAGCAUGACCCACUGCUCACUGGAGUAUCUUCAAGUACAAAUUCUUUCAGACCCCAGGAAGUCUGCCCUUUUUUGAAGUCAUAUAUCUUGAGGAUUCUCAAACCACUUUUUGUGAACCAGUGAAUAUUUUCAAGAGAACUAAAAAGUCUGUACAAAAGCUUCUGUAUAACAUGUGCCGUAAUAUACAGUCCUCUGCUUGUCAGCCCUGAACAUCUGCCUCUCUGAAUUUUCAUGGAUUUCUGUUUCACAAGAUUCAACUAGUUCAUAUAUACUGACUGUAGCAUACAAUGAAACAGAAUUUUUUUAAAAAGGCUGUUACUGUUGAAAGCAGAACUGCUUGUCAAGUGUAAACAUUUUUAUUUAUAAAUCGGAAGGACAGUGACUACUUGUUGAUAGACAUUGUCAUGAUUUUGGGAAAAAAAAUCUUGCUUUUUAAACCCUUCAGGCCCUUUAAUGAGUACUAAAUAGUCAUUGUUUUGCAAAAUUCUGGUAACAAUUUCUCUUCUCUGUGUUAGGGUCUGCCACUAAAUCUUAUAAAGGAAUGGAAUUUUUCUCCCAAAAUGUUGUUUAUGUACUUAUUUAUAGUGGUACUGGCGCAUGCUCUAUAGCUGUCUCUAGCUGCAGCCCUCUUCUCUCUAACUGAAAAGUUUCAAGAGAGCCAUUUAUUUAGGAACUGGGGAAAUUAAGUAUAUGAUUUAAGCCGUGAUAGCCACCUUGAAAGAGAGAAUUCAGCCUGUCCCUUUGGUUUUCCCUUCGUGAAAUACUGCAUAGUGUUGUCCACGAAGCUGUAAGCAGUAACUUGUUAAACGUUAAAGAUCUACCAUUUGCAUAAGUACUCAAUUUUAUUUUUCCAU